ACCCUCGAUCAAGAUCAAGCUGCUCAUCUUGCUCCCAGCUAUCAACAUAUAUACACACACUUAUUUCAUGCUAUUCAUACACUGAUCUCCUUGUGCAGUUAAUUGUAUACUUACAGCAACCUCAUCUCCGACGACCAACCGGAAAUGGAAGGCGGUGGAAAAGUGAAGAAAGGUGCCGCCGGCAGGAAAGCAGGUGGGCCCAAGAAGAAGCCGGUGUCUCGCUCCGUCAAGGCCGGACUCACGUUUCCGGUCGGUAGGAUUGGCCGGUUUCUCAAAAAAGGCCGGUAUGCUCAGCGUGUCGGUACCGGAGCUCCGGUGUAUCUCGCCGCCGUUCUCGAGUAUCUUGCUGCUGAGGUGUUGGAGUUGGCUGGAAAUGCAGCCAGAGACAACAAGAAGAGCAGGAUUAUACCAAGGCAUCUACUGUUGGCUAUAAGAAAUGACGAGGAGCUUGGAAAAUUGCUUGCUGGAGUUACUAUUGCUCAUGGAGGCGUUCUUCCCAACAUUAACCCGGUUCUGUUGCCUAAGAAAUCAGAGAAGGCGAGUCAGGAGUCAACCAAAUCGCCAUCCAAGGCAACUAAAUCCCCUAGGAAAGCUGCUGCUUAAGAUUUGUUAGAUUGGUAGGGAUGUUUCUGGUUGCAGUUAUUCUGGUGCUUCUUGUAUGUAAUUGUUCAAGUCUCCGAGUGGUUGUUUAGAGAUUAGUUGGACUGUAAUUGUUGUUGAUUGUCCUAUAUUAGUACUUGAAAUGAUCUUAAUUGGGAAUGAAGUGUCAAAUAUAUGACUUCUGUUGAUUAA